AUGGACAGCCUCCCACCCGAGCUUGUCCACCAUAUCCUCAAGUUUGUGCCACUUCCGACGCUUGGGGCGGCAGCGGCAGUCUGCUCGACCUGGGCGACUCUGGCCACCUCGCCAGCUCAGCUGGCCGUUCUCGACACAUCGCGGUUGCGGCACGUGUUGCAGGAGCAGCUGCUGGCGCUCAUCGGCCGCGCCGGACACAACCUCGCUGCUCUUCGCUUUGUUCUUUAUUCACCGCAGGCAUCCGGCUCGUAUCUCAAGCUCCACGGCCUCGCCGACCUGCUGGCCGCACAUCAUGCCGGCACAGCGGUCGAUCGCCCGAGGCUGCCCAAACUCGAGAUGCUCGGCGGUGCACUCCCGGCGGAUGUUCUACCGCUGCUGGCCAAACAUGCGCCGCGGCUGCGGGUGCUAGCGCUGAGAUCGUGGCGCGAUGCAGAGCUGGCGAACGUGGUGGCGAGCAGCGGGCAGCUGCUCGCCCGGCUCACCGUCCUCCACCUGGCUCAUGUCCCGGUCUCCGACGCGACGUUGAUGGCGCUCGCAGACGCACUCGAUGGUGGCCCACUGGAGGAGCUCGCCAUCGACGGUACGUUUGGUGAUGCGGCACUCAGUCAGCUGCUGGCCUGCCUCCCGCGUCUCGGUACCCUCGCGCUCAACAAGACGUCGCGACUCUCCGAGCUCGGGCUCGGCGAGGCGCUGGCUGGCGCCUCCGGCCAUCUCACCGCUCUCUUCUGUAACCAGGCUGCGCUCAAGGCUCCACAAUGGGAGGCGGCGUCGCUGGACGAGCCGCCACCGGUUGCGCUCAGCGUCCUCGGCCAGCUGUUUGAGCACAAGUCCGAGCCGCGGCACCCGUUCCCACCACCAUUUGCGCGGAUGUACUCGCCGGGCCCGCUCUUCACCGCACUCCUCUGGCCGUCGCUCACCCACAUCGCGUGCGACUCGAUGGUGCUUUCGCCGCAGAUUGCGGCGACAGACCUUGCACUCGCGGCGCUGCUCUUUUCUUCGUGGAAGACCAUCGAGGAGAUCGUCGUCUGGGGCGCGCCCGUCUCGAUUGCUGCGCUUGCCGCCGUCCUGAGCGAUGCACUGGCAAGCGAGCCAGCCAGCCGCUCUCCGCCGCUAGCGGAUCUCGUCCUGCCUGCAUCCGUCGCUGCCGUUGACGAGCUUGCUGCGCUGCUGAGCGUUCCUGGCCUUGCCCUGCGCAAGUUGCAGCUCGCCGAGCUUGCGCAGGGUGGCGACGCAGAGUGCCCCGUUCCAGCUAACCUGUCCGACCUCGCCAUUGCGCGAUACACCCACACCGGCGAGGACGCCGUCCUUGCUGCACUGCUAGCGUCGUGUUCGCUGGAGCGGGCCAAGUUUGGGCGGCUGGCGUCACCCGUUUCGGCCGCCCGAGUUCUGGCGUGUCUGAAUGGUUGCCCGAGCCAAGCGCUCAAGCUGGUGGAGCUCCACUUGACCGGCCCAAGUCCCGAUGACCUCGAGCUGACGUGCCUGGGGCAGGUGCAGGAUGCGCAGUUGAGCUGGCAGUCAGGAAGUGCAUUGCAGCUUGUGGCGCGGAUGCCGCAGCUGCGAUUCCUCUCACUCUCGGGCGUGCUCGGCAGCCUUCCUGAGCUGCUGAGCUGCACGCCAUACCUGGCAUCACUGCUGUUGGAGAGCAGCGAGUGGGAGAUGGGCGAGGCGGCCAGCAAUGUGUGCCUCAGCGAGCUCCACACACUCCAACUCAAGAAGACCCGAUCGCCGGGAAGCGAAGCCGAGCUGGACGCGAUGCUUGCGCUCUUUCCGCGGCUGCGGCGGCUGCGGCUGAGCCGGACACCGAUUGACGGCGCAAGCACGAGUGCUGUCGGAGGUGGUAUCAAUCUUCUUUACGCGCACCAGCGAGCGUGAUCAGUGCGCGGGAGCGCCAGAGCCAGCGCGAGGGCGUUCAGUGCGCCGCGGGGUUCAAAAAGGCAGAGCGGCCGAUGGUUCGGAGGGCGAGCAUUUCGGCGGCGUCGCGGUCGUCGCGGAGGCUUCGGCGGUUUGCGUCUCCGCCGCCGGCGAUGCUCUCCUGCUGCAUGGUGACGCGAACAAAGGCGUCGAGCUUGUCGGCGAGGCGGACAAAGCGGCAGUAGCCGGACUGGAACGCCGCAUCGGACGACAUGCUCCGCUGCAGGAGCCGAAGCCAGGCGAUGAGUUCCAG